GUCUUAAUUCUUUGUCUUCGACCUUGUCAGCAAGUGCAGGGUGCAGCUUCAGAGUUACCACGAAGAAGAAUCAUGGUGUGGGGAAUCUUCCCCAUCGAUCCUCUUUCAGGUGAAGAUAAUUACUACAUUUUCAAAAGUGGAAUUUACAGAGUUGGUCGAAAAGGUUGUGAUGUGAUCAUCACUAAAGAUAAAGGGGUUUCUCGGGUUCAUGCUGAAAUUGUUGUUAAUGCAAUGAACAUGUUAAACCCUCUACCAAAUGAACAUUCUCAUUUGGCACCCAGUAUACAGAUUAGAGAUUGCUCCAAGUAUGGAACAUUUAUUAGCAAGAAUGUUGGACCCAAGAACAAAGUGCAUGAGCUACCAAACAAAGAAACAGCAUUAGAGGAUGGUGACCUUGUUUCUUUUGGUACUGGUUUUGCCAUGUCCCCCUCAUUUUUUUCAUCUGUUCCUCGGAUAAAGUGGAUCAAUCUCUUGAAGAGAAAAUUUCAUCAAUUGGUCAGUGGGGAAAAUACUUGUAAAGGUGCCGGUGUUACUCAUACCUUAGGUGAAGAGUGCACACACGUAUUGGUGGAUCAAUUCAUGCCAUUGAAGAAGGACCUUGUUGAUGCUGUUGUGGCAAAAAAAUCUUGUGUUCUCAAAACUUGGCUUGAGAUUUUUGCAGAGAAGAACAUUGGCACUGAAAUUCCUAGCUGUCAUUCAUAUAUUCCAACAGUGUCUGUGGAAGGAGCAUCUAUCAAAGUUGCUGACCCUAAAACUCGUGAAAACUGCUUGAAAGGAUACACUUUUUUGUUGGAAUCUCUGCAUUUGCAUAAAUUCACGGAUCAGCUAAAGUCUUUAUUGGAAGUGGCUGGUGCAAAAACUGUUUCCUUUGAAGAAUUUUGUUUAAAUAGCCAAGGUUCAGAUUAUGAAGAUGAUAAUCGUCUGGUUUUAGUCAUCCCAGGAGAACAAGCUUGCAAUUCUGAUCGCUUCAAUAAAUUAAGUUCCUUGCUUAGAGUGAAUGAAUUGGAUGUAAUAUUUGCUGCUUUGAGUGGACAGUUAGAUCUGUCUGUAUUGAAAUCACCAUGUGUACUAGUUUCAUCUUCAUGCUCUACGGACGAGACAGUUGUAGCAGAUUCAGAUACCGAAGUUGAAACAGCCACAUCAGCUCAUGCAAGUGAGGCAUUCUCCAAUGGCAAUAAUGUAAAAUACACCAAAACAGAAGAAUUAGAUGAUGAUUCUGGCACUUUGAAUAAGAGUAAACAUGAGAAAAUGGAGGCAUCCUCAGAUGACGUUUCUACCAGAUUGCAUGACAUAAAACGUGCAAAAACAGAAACAUGCUUGGAUGGUGCUUCUGCCAGAUUGGAUACACAUGCUACUACCAAUUUCGAGGAUGGUAGUGGUGGUAUCAAAGUAAGGAAAGACAAGGUUGAUGAUUAUGAAAGUGGAAAUUCAGAUAUUGUUUACAGCCAAAAUUUAGUUGUUCGAGAUAUUAACGUACUUACGAACACAACUACUGCACCAAAUAUCAGUAUUCCAGAUUUCAAACGCUUUAGAAAGGCACAAACUCAAUCUGGUAAUAGUUUCGACAAUCUUGUUCCAUUUGCAAAAUAUCCAUACAAAGACUCUGACUAUGGGAAUGAUGAGAUGGCUGAGUCUGUGAAGGAGGAGAAAAGGCGAAAGCAAACGGAAGCUGCAGCAGAAGACCUAUUUAAUAAUGAGAAGGCAAGAAAGCGAGUUGGAGCUGGUUCUCUUCGUGGUAUUCUUAUUUCAUGAAGGUUAAGUUUUUCACCUGUUUGUGUUUUGAUUGAGAAUGAAAGGAAGUUAUUGGCCUUAUAUGGUGACACUCUUCCUGUUAUCUGUGAGAAGGCGCUUGAAGGAUCUAUCUGGUUUCCCUUGUUAGCGUAUGAAGUAAACAAAGAGCUCUCAUAUUUCAGGUUGACUGAGAUAAACAUGUCUUUCUCUUGGAUGGUAGAUACUAGAUAUUGCUGAGUUUUCGACAUGUUGGUUUCUGGUGCUUAAGUGUUGAUAUAAAUCACAUUUCUACCAUAAAUAAUAUUUAUUCUCUUUCUAUGUCGCGGACAGAGCCUGUUGUUGCAUCUUUUCUGCUCUUUUUGUGCGAGUUCAA